AUGGUAAAAACUGAACAUCGUUAUUCAAUACCAUGGGAAACAAUUCAUCAACAACAACAACAACAACAGCAAGUUGAUUAUUAUAUGGAUAUACCAACAAAUUCUUAUACGAAUGUUAAUUUAAUUAUUAAUAAUACAAAUCAAACAACUUCAAUAGAUACAUUACAAAAUGUAUCAACAACCGAAAAAAAUUUAUCAUCAAAUGAAUUUAAUUUAAAAAUAACAUCUAAUCAUAAAGAAAUAUAUCCAUGGAUGAGUGAAAAAAAACAUGGAAAUAAUAAAAAUAAACAUAAUUCAAAAAAUUCAAAUUCUUCAAUAUUUCCUACUUCUGAUAAAAAUAAUUCAACAUUAAUAUCAAAACGAGCUCGAACAGCUUAUACAAGUUCACAAUUAGUUGAACUUGAAAAAGAAUUUCUUUAUAGUAAAUAUUUAAAUCGUCCACGACGUAUUGAACUUGCACAAACACUUUGUUUAUCGGAACGACAGAUCAAGAUAUGGUUUCAAAAUCGUCGAAUGAAAGAUAAAAAAGAUGGCAAAAAUCGAAUAUCAUAUACGAAUGGAUGUAAUAAUAAUUUAAAUAAUUCACCAUUAGCUAGUUCAACAACAGAAAAAGAUGAUUUAACAUUUCGUUCAUAUCAUCAUCAUCAUAAUUAUUAUCAACCAACACCACCUAUAUCCGUAACAUUUCCUUCUAUACCAUCAUCAUUUCAAAAUCAACUUAAUUAUAGAUCAUCUCAAACAAAUAAUUUAUAUGAUAUGACAACAAAUUAUUCUAUAAAACAAUCAAAUUAUUAUAAUAAUCAAAAUAAUUUUAAAACAAAUUAUCAUACAUCAAUAUUUCCAACAUCAUAUGAUAAUUAUUAUUUUAAUUCAGAAAAUUCAAUAAUACAUCAUCAACAACAAACCGGUUCAAUAUUACCACCAUUUGUUUAG